AUGAAGUGGGCUCUGUUACUUUUCACGUUCAUUGUGUUUGUGGUAGCAUCAGCUAUAAGUGCUGAUGUCUUACCCUUGGCUGAGCCAUGUGAUGAAGAGUUAUGCAAACUCCCAGACUGCAGAUGCUCGUCUACAGUCAUCCCUGGUAAUUUAAAACCCCAUGAAGUCCCUCAGUUUGUUCUGCUGACAUUCGACGAUGGCGUCAACGUUGUCAACGUAGCAACCUACCGGGAUAUUUUGUACAAACGUAAAAACUCCAACGAAUGUCCGAUCGGCGUUUCAUUCUACAUCAGUCACGAAUACACGAACUAUGAGCUCGUCAAUGAACUAUAUAAUGAGGGCUUCGAAAUAGCUCUUCAUUCCAUUACCCAUGUUAACCAGACCUAUUUCCAAGAAGCGGACUAUGACAGAAUGAUGUUGGAAUUCGCUGAUCAGAAAACUCUGAUGUCCCACUUCGCUGCUAUUCCUGAAUCUAGUAUUGAAGGUUUACGCAUUCCAUUCUUACAAAUGACAGGCAACAGUUCCUUCCAAAUGAUGAAGUCUGCUGGAUUACGCUAUGACAUAACCUGGCCUACAACCAGAUAUACCGACCCUGGUCUUUGGCCAUACACUUUGGACUACCAAUCUAUACAGGACUGUAUCACUCCUCCAUGCCCUUCUGCAUCCCUGCCGGGAGCCUGGGUAGUGCCUAUGAUUGCGUGGACAGAUUUAUCUAACUUCCCUUGUGCCAUGGUUGAUGCCUGCUUCAGUCUGCCUGGAAGCAAUGACGAGGACGGUUGGUUCCGUUUUAUCAUAGAUAACUUCGAAAGGCACUAUGGUGGCAACCGCGCGCCAUUUGGCUUCUUCAUUCACGAAGGCACUGUUCGCACCCAGCCUGGUCUAAGGCGGGCUCUCAUUCGAUUCAUGGACAUGAUCAAUUCAAUGAGCGAUGUUUUCAUGGUAAACACUGGUGAAAUGUUGGACUGGGUGCAGAACCCGGUGCCUUUGGGCGAGUACAUCCAGAAGCCUUGCAGACUGACGACGCCAGCUCGUUGCCGCCCCGCCAGCUGUGGUCCCCUUGUUGCGCCGCAUAAGGAGGAGCUGUUCUACAUGCAAGUCUGUGCAAGAUGCCCCCGCACCUACCCUUGGCUGGGAAAUCCUCUCGGGGAAUAA